AGCCAGACCUUUGGUUCAAGGUAGGUCUUCGUGAUCGGUUUUUCACCCGACUUCCUUUCCGACCCAUGAUGAAGCUUUGCCUCUUGCUCAGCGCCCUUGCGGCGGAUGCUGCCAAGGUGCGGACAGCCAGGGGUGAGAACCCCUGCCCCAACGGCCUGACCAACAGGUUUCCCGACUCCUUGCCCAAGGAAAUCGUGAUGGUGGACGACGAGAACGGGGGCACCGCCAUGAACCCCAUGGACUCCGUCUUCGACCUCGAGAAGCUCCGGGCGGCGCUGUCAGAGGACAGCGAGUGGAAGAUCGGCAUGCCCUGGCUGCUGAAGGCGACCUUCUCCUCUGACAGCAAGGUGGAUCGUACCUUCGGCUUCGCCUCGGGCGGCAGCGAAGGAUUCUUGACGGUCACGGUGCCGGCGGGGGUGCAGGAGCAGGACAUUACCGUGACGGGCCCCGUGGGGAUCAGCGGGGCGGACGCGGAGUUCCAGUACAAGCGCCCCGCAGGAUGGACCUCUGGCAAGAUCGUCAUGAGCAACAUCUGCUUGGCUCCGAGGUCCUGCGACAACUUCGAGUGCCCACAGCCUGGCAUGAAGAAGAAGGGCGAUGGGCUCUUCGGCUUCUCCACGGCGCGGUGCUGCGAGAUGAGGAUGUGCACAGAGGCGGAGGGCGUUUGCCUGCCGGAGACCAUGUACACCAAGGCUGCCAACUUCUCCGAGAAGAAGGGCUACGACAACUCCACCUGCUGCUCACCAAAGUACUGCCCCACGGACCUUUGCACCAACGACACCAAGUGGGUCAGCAAAGGCGAUGUGGUCUUGGGCAGCACCAAGGCGGAGUGCUGCGAGCGCCUGGAGUGCGCCACCUACACCUGCUCCAACCAGGUGCUCAUGACCAAGAGCUCGAACUACCUCGAGGACGGCACCCCGCGCUUUGGCAGCACCGACGAGGAGUGCUGCGCUGGCAAGUACUGCAAGGGCUUCGACUGCCAGCCCAGCAAGGACUAUGGCUUGAAACCAGAUGCUGCCAACAUCAUGGGCGACAGCCGCGACGAGUGCUGCGACGUGAAGAAGUGUGACACCUUCGAGUGCCCCAACAACACCAAGUGGGAGCCCAACCCCGCGGCGGUGGUAGGCAGCACCAUUGAGCAGUGCUGCAGCAAGAUCAUGUGCAGCUCAUACACCUGCAGCAAGGAGUCCCUGCAGAAGAAGCCCGGCCAGGGCAAGAUGCAGGGCAGCACCGACGAGGAGUGCUGCGAGACCAAGUUCUGCUCCGCCUGGCAAUGCAGCGACGACACCAAGUGGGUGCACCUCUCGAACCAGCAUGGCGCCACCAACUUGGACCGCCGCGGCUACUCUGACGAGGAGUGCUGCGACCAGAGGUUUUGCCUGUCAGAGACCUGCGAUCCUUCCACCCAGUGGAAGGCCAAAGAAGACUUUCAGAAGAUCCAGGGCAGCACCAAGGAGCAAUGCUGCGACAAGAUCUACUGCAAUGACUUCGUGUGUGACACGGACGUGAACAACACGGGCGUCGGCACCCAAUGGUACAAGCGCGUGGACACCAACAUCUACAAGUGGCAGGGCAGCACCAACGAGGAGUGCUGCAUGCCGAUCUUCUGCAGCCAGUACACUACCAGCCACCCCACCCGCUGGAGCAGGAAGAAGGACCCCAGCGUCAAGGGCAGCACGGACGUGGAAUGCUACGACCCCCUGCUCUGCUCGGACUACUGCUGCGACAAGCAAGCAGGCCUCGAGCACCGGCCGAACCCGGAGAGUCACCAGGGCAGCACCGACGAGGAGUGCUGUGUGAAGGCCCAGUGAGGCCGCCCGACACCUCGAAGAGGCGUGACCAUGCCCCGAAGGGCGCCAGAUCUUAGACGCUGCGAAGGGCGCGAUC